GAUAAUAGUAUAUCGGUAUAAUAUUACUAUAUAUUGUAUAUUAUUAUUUAUUACAUAUUACAUAUUACACUUAACCGUCUCUACCCAGAUACCUACAUUAUACACAGUACACACUUUACAAUCAAGCAUCAACAUCAACGACGCCAUUAUGCGAAUAUUGAAUAAUGAUUUUAUGAAUAUUUGAUCUAUAAAAUAUAAUCCGUAAUUGUUUUAUUAUAUUAAAUAAACAUAACGAGUGACGAGAAUACGGUCGUUCUGUCGCCUGAAUAAUGCUAUUAUAGAACAUAAAAUAAAAUGUAUAAUAUUGUAAUAAAAAGAUUAUGUUCGUGUUUCGUGAACGAAUAUAAAUCAAUCACUAAACUGAAUACCACUGAACGUACAGGACCAAUCUGAUUUUGUGUACUCAGUUUAUCUCUGACAAUAACUAGUCAUGACUUACCGUCUGUGCAAGCCGUUUAGUAGUAUACCUGAGCCUAAAAGAUGGCCUCUACUGGGCCACACUCAUUUGUUCAUCCCAAAAAUCGGUCCUUACGACUCUUUACGCCUGACAGAAGCUAUGGGUGACAUAGAAUGUAAGUUGGGUCCAGUGUUUAAACUGAUAUUGGGUGGGAAGACAAUGAUUGUUGUUACAAGAGUGGAAGACGCCAAAACAAUGUUUGCCCAUGAAGGUAAGUACCCAGCAAGACCCAUAUUUCCGGCUUUAAACCUACUCAGAAAAAGACCAUUUGGCACUGGAGGAUUAGUAUCUGAGAAUGGUGUAGAAUGGUAUAGAUUGAGAAAAGCCAUUGCUCCAUUAAUGGCAAAAAAUAUUUAUGAAAGUUACAUUCCUCAGCAUAAAGAAGCAGCAAUGGAUUUUAUUGAAUAUAUAAAAUUGAACCGCAAUAAAGACAAAUGUUUAAAAAAUAUGUUUUAUCACUUAACUAAAUUUGCCAUUGAAGCAAUUUCUAUUGUCUCACCUGGAUUAAGAAUAAAAUGUUUAAAUACAGUCAUGUCAGAAUGUUUUUUAGAAGCAGGAAGUAAAUUCAUGGACGGAUUGUACAAAACUUUCCAAGAACCGCCUGUAUGGCAAUUUUAUAAAACAAAUGCCUAUAAAAAUUUAGAAAGCUCACAUUCCACAUGUAAAAAUUUUAUUGACGAGUACCUGAAACAGACUCAUGAACACAAUGCUCUAGUUAAUGCUAUUAAUACAAAUACAAAUUUAUCGAGUACUGAUAUCAAUUUACUUGUACUAGAAAUAUUUUUUGGCGGGAUUGAUGCUACCGCUACUACUUUAGCAAUGACAUUGUAUUAUAUUUCUCAAAAUGAAAACAUACAAAAAGCUUGUCAAGAGGAUGUUCAACAGGGUACAAAAGCAUACCUAAAGGCUUGCAUAAAAGAAACACUUAGACUGUCUCCUACUGCAGGUGCAAAUGCCAGAUAUCUUCCAAAAACCACUGUCAUUGGAGGCUAUGAAAUUCCAGCAAAUACAUUGGUGAUGGCUUUCAAUUCUUUAACAUCGACAAAAGAAAAAUACUUUAAAGCUCCUUUAGAGUAUCAGCCCAGUCGAUGGUUAAGAAAUUCUAACAUCCAAAAGUUUGAUCCUUACGCUUCGUUACCUUUUGGACAUGGGCCUCGCAUGUGUCCAGGAAAACACGUUGCCAUGCAAGAAAUGACAAUACUCCUGUCUGAAUUAAUAAAGAAUUUUAAAAUCAGUAUGCCAAAUGAACAAUCAAAAAAUAUUGGCAUGAUCUAUCGUAUGAACAGAAUACCUGACAGUUGCAUAGAUUUAAUAUUCCACGAUAGAUAAACACAUUUUUUUUUUCGCAAAACAUUAUUUAUUUUUUUUAGUUUUUUUUUUUUAAUUUUCUCUAAACAAUCUUCAACUUUUGUGAAAUAAAAAUGUAUCACUAAAUAUAUAUAAAGCAUGUGCUACUAAAUAGUAUAAUAUAUCUUUAUCUUAUAUACAAGUAUAA